UGUGAUGACAAAUGAUGUGUAUCAGCAUAUCUACUUAAUUGCAUGGGGACGAGUAAGAGAGACUAGCUAAAGAGAAUGCAGCGAAGUAUCAGUUUAUCUUAAUUCAACCGUCAUAUGACAUCAAUUUAGUCAUGAAUUAGAAUCUUAUUUUGAAAAUGACAACUAGAAUCCCUUUUUCCAUAUUGUGCUGACUUCACCACCCCCCACCUCCCGGGACUCAACAGGGUAAUUUGAGCAAACGGGGAACUUCGGAGGAGGGCAGCGAAAUAAAAGCCUCAGCAGUCAGAGGUGUGGGCAGAGGACGCAAUAGAUCUACAGGAAAGACGUUCAGUCACACGUGGGGGAACAAACGGCGCUUCACUUUACACGGGAGCUACUUAACCCCCGCCAAAGUGAUAGGGUGAUAACGCGCAGUUCGCCGCUGUCUAUUGGGAGGUUUCCAACGACGCUCCAGAAAAAGCCAAGUAGGUGACUGCGACAAGCACAGGAAAGACGCGCUUUAAAAGAAAAUCCUCUAAAGCGGGCGCACAGGGAGACAGGGGUCAUGGAAAGCCCCCGGAGGAGGAGAAGGACGCAGACGGUGAGAUGGAAAUUGUUGAUGAACUCGCUACUGCUUUGUUUAUUCUCCGGUAGUAGUGAGGCUGUGUGUGAAAGCUGUCAUGAGUACUGCUGCGAUGGGUCGCCGCCUUUCUGCUGCUCCUACUACGCCUACGUUGGGGACGUCCUGUCGGGCACUGCCAUCUCUGGGAUUGUUUUUGGUGUGGUGUUUCUGAUGGGGGCUGUGGCAGCCCUGUUCCUGUGCGUGUGUAUGUGCAUGAAGAAUGGGCGCGGCGCACGGGUCGGUGUGUUCGGUACAUCCUACAUCAACACAGUGACCCAGGACUACCCUGGUCCUCCACCUCCUUACACUUAUGACUAUGAGAUGUACCCUCCUGUGCCGAACCCCCCUCCCUACGCCCCAAGUCAACCUCAGCCACUGCACUACUCGCCCCCACCUCCUUACCCUGGCUGCACCCGCAAGUGAAUCCCUGCUGCACAGAUCAUCUGCCAGCAAACAUCAAAAGACACUCUGGUGGCUGGGUUUUCCAGGCCUAGAGAUGGCUACCCACUUCUGGACUCCAAAGCAGAGGUGUUGCUACUAGGAUCAAAGACUAUUCUAAGGACCCACGAACAUUUCCACAUUAAAACAAAGGGUGGCCCAGUGCAGUAUUGCUCAGCAGGAGUCUGGACCAAAUGGUGGGGAAAUAGGAUUUUUAACAAGCUCUGGGUGUAGACAUGUAACACAUUCUAACAGACUUAACUAUUAGCAGCCCUGCCAGCCUACAGCUGGUACUUUUUUCCCCACUCACAACCAAUAUCCUUAUCUGUCACUGCCUGUGCACAUCAAAGGCAGUGUGCUACUUUGAGGAAGGUGAAGACCACUGUUGUCAGCAGGGAGAGGGACCUCAGCACCACAUAGUCUUUUCAGGACACCGUAAAUUCUACUUUUAUUGAAAGUUAGCAAUUGUUCCUCCCCAUUUUAUUUUAAAACUUGAUUUAUGUCAGUGACUGAGGUACUGUAGUUGAUUAAAGUUGUAUUAUUGGGUCUGGACCUGCUAUGUGUAGACAUAAAAACUUGAACAUGAUGCAUAAUA